GACCAUUCACAAAGCGCCGAAGGGAAAACAACACUUAACAAUAAUCCUUCGAACGCUAGAUUUUUACCUGAUUCUUGGCUUUCCCGCAACAUUGCCGACGCAAAAAUACAUUUUUCCGGGAACAGCAGGCCAUCGCAUGUAGGUAAUCAUCUAACAGUCUGUGCAAACCAUCGUCAAGCUAUCGAACACAGGUCUCUCGUCACUAGCAACUAAAUAAGUUAAUUUCAUAAAAUUGCGUUGUAUACGGCCUACUAAAAUCAGCAAAAAGGAAUAUCCAUAAAGUAUAAAGUGAAGGAAAUUUGGUGCAAAUCGCCCGAGGAUUUGGCGGCACUUUACGCUGUCUGCAUUUUAUGCGAAAAAAAUACAUUUAUUUCGCCAUUAAGACAGUUUUCGCAACAACAACACAUCAGCGAAAAACGUGCUGAAGUGAGCAUUUUUUUUUUUGUUGUUGUACAAAUUUUAAAGAAGACACCAAGAUGCCUAAGCGAGGUGGUGGCGGUGGAGGCGGAGGAGGUGGUGGUAGUCAGCGAUACAACAACAACGUCGGCAAUGGCGGCGGGCGUUAUUCCGCUCUUGAGGAUUUCGAUGAAGUGGAGGAUCGCCAGCGACGCAAGGAUCGCAACAAGCGGCGCGUCAGUUUUAAGCCUUCUCAGUUUCCAAACAACAAAAAGGACAUUAAAUUGCGUCCCGAGGAUCUGCGUCGAUGGGACGAGGAUGAUGACAUGAACGAUAUGACCACGACCCUCAAGCAGGACCGACCCACAUCCCGUCGAAGAGGAUCGCCCAUACCGCGCGGCAAAUUCGGCAAACUAAUGCCCAACAGCUUUGGCUGGUAUCAAGUGACGUUACAAAAUGCCCAGGUAUAUGAUAAGGAAACCCUUUUGCGUCCCCUGUAUGCAGCGAUGGCGCCGCAUGUCUUUGUCCCGAAAUAUUGGCGAACGGAACGUAAUUGCGUGAUCUUCUUCAUCGACGAGUACGAGGUGGCCGAGCGGAUACAGCAUCUGGGCAGGCAUGCUCAGUUACCCGAUGGCUAUCGGCUAAUGCCACGAGUGCGCAGUGGAAUACCGCUGGUGGUCAUCGAUGAUGCCUUUAAGGAGAAGAUGAAGGUUACCAUGGCCAAGCGAUACAAUGUACAGACCAAGGCAUUGGAUCUUUCCCGAUUCCAUGCCGAUCCCGAUCUGAAACAGGUAUUUUGCCCACUCUUUCGGCAAAACGUGAUGAGUGCCGCCAUCGAUAUUAUCUGCGACAAUAUACCCGACCUGGAAGCCAUCAACCUGAACGAUAACUGCAUGACCAGCAUGGAGGCCUUCAAAGGCGUGGAUAAACGUAUACCCAAUCUUAAGAUUCUCUAUUUGGGGGAUAACAAGAUACCAUCAUUGGCCCACCUUGUGGUGUUUCGGAACCUGUCUAUCUUGGAGCUGGUCUUAAAGAACAAUCCGUGCCGUUCCCGCUAUAAGGACUCUCAGCACUUUAUCAGCGAAGUGCGUCGCAAGUUUCCCAAACUACUGAAGUUGGAUGGCGAGACCCUGGCGCCGCAGGUUACUUUUGAUCUAACCGAUCAAGGACAAAUCCUCGAAACGAAGGCCUCCUUUUUAUGCGACAACGCUGGCGCCGAAGUGGUACGUCAAUUCCUUGACCAGUACUUCCGUAUAUUUGACUCGGAGAACAGGCAAUCCCUGCUUGAUGCCUACCAUGAGAACUCGAUGCUUUCCAUAACGAUGCCAUCGGCCAGUCAAGCGGGCAGGUUAAACAGCUUCUGGAAGUUCAACCGGAAUCUCCGGAGAUUGAUCAACGGAGAAGAUAACCGCACCCGGCACUUGAAGUACGGACGCCUGGCCUGCGUUUCCACUUUGGACGAAUGGCCAAAGACGCUGCACGAGCGUCGCACCUUCACCGUCGACCUGACCAUUUACAAUACUUCUAUGAUGGUGUUCACGGUGACGGGCUUAUUCAAGGAGCUCAGUGGCGAGGCCACCACUCCUGCAUCCAUGCAGACGUAUGAACUGCGGCACUUUGCUCGCACCUUCGUGGUGGUGCCCCAAAACACCGGCUAUUGCAUCCGCAAUGAGACCAUCUUUAUCACGAAUGCCUCGCAGGAGCAAGUGCGUGAAUUUAAGCGUUCGCAGCACCAGCCCGCACCCGGAGCUAUGCCCAGCACAGCGGUUAGUGCCACGGCUGUCAGUCCGCAGGCUGGGGCAUCGGGUCUGCAAGGUCGACUCAAUCCGGGUGGUGUUACGGCCGGACCGGUGGCCAUACUGCCAGGAACUCCACUGACAGGAACUACACCGGCGACCAGCGGCAGUGCCGCAGUGGCACCUGUCGCUGCCGGUGGCAUACAGGAUGAGAACACCAAAAUGCAAAUGAUCCAGGCCAUGAGUGCACAAAGCCAAAUGAAUGUGCUUUGGAGCCGGAAAUGCCUGGAGGAAACGAAUUGGGACUAUAAUCGUGCUGCCUUUGUGUUCGAGCAACUUUUCAAAGAAAACAAAAUACCGCCCGAGGCAUUUGUCAAGUAAAUCUCUCAGUUAAUCUUGCCCAGAAGGAGUUGCUGUUGAGUUGCUCCCAAAGAUACGGGAGCCAAGUGCCACGUACGCGUACACAAAAUCAAAUUUUUUUUGUUUAUUGUUUUGUAAUUAUUUAAAAGAAAAGUUUUAGAUUCACACAUCUAAUUUAAAAGUAAACAAACUGUGAAACUUGUGAGCACAUGCCAUUGCCCAGCUCUGCGGGCCAUGUUUGUCACAAUGUUUGGCAGUCCUUUGAUAGAUAUAAUUAUGUUUAAGUUCCGAUCGCAGACCCGCUGGCAAACAUUAAAGCUUAAGUGGCAGGACGUGUCGGCGAUCGGUUUCUCCCUAGAAUUUUAAAUUGUUUUAGAUCCCUAAGCACACACACACACACACACAAAACACACACACACGUUUAUAUACAUACAAUAUAAUACAAAACAUGUAUACAACAAUGUUGUUAAAACGGUUGCAAAACCAAUUAUAUUUUUAAUAUAUUAACCUAAAGCUUAAAACAAGCCACCAAGGCAAUUUUGCAAACUUGAUAAAUGGAGAGCAUGUCAUCCAUUGUCCCAGCAAACCCGCGUCCCCUCAGCUCCUUAAGUAGCCUUAGAUUUUGUAUACAACACCAAACCAUCGAAACGAAAACAAACAUUUUGUUUGCUUAGACAAAACAAACACAAACACAGGCGUAUUUUAAUAGACAACUUCGACAAGCAAUAAACAAUGAACAUUGUGUAAAUUUUAUAAAGUCUCAGAUACCAAAAUUACCCUUUCUUCCUACUUUCCCUUUGAUAACAACAAAUAAUAACAUUUACAAUUCACGCUUAGUCGUAAGCCCAAUUUUAAGUGCGCGGUAUAUAGGAAUUAUAUACACAUUAAUAUUUAAGUCUAGAAUCGUAAAUAAAUUUAUCAGAAUCGAAUGGGAA